GACAGGCUGUCAGACGCUUUGGUAGGAGGCUUGGGUCUGGCUGUGUAAGCUGAGAGCUUACACUGUUGCAGCUAACCUUCAGAGACAGUAGCACGGUGACACGGGGGUUAGUGGGAUCCGGGAAGACGUUACCCCGAUAAUCUACAUCCUUCGGGGGCCCACCAGCUAAAAUCAGAAUGGAAGCUCGACGUGAAAAAACAAACACCUGUGGGACAGUUUGCCUGAAAUAUCUGCUCUUUCUCUUCAACAUCCUUUUCUGGCUGGCAGGAGGGGCUGUGUUGGCAGUGGGCGUGUGGACUCUGGUGGAAAAGAGCGACUACAUAAGUUUACUGAACUCCGGCUUCUACUCAGCCUCGGCUUACAUCCUGAUAGCUGCUGGACUCAUUGUCAUAGUGACCGGGAUAAUCGGAUGCUGUGCCACCCUGAAGGAGAUGAAGAGCCUUUUGAUUGUGUAUUUGAUCUUGUUACUCUGUAUUUUCCUGCUGGAGAUCAUUGCUGGUGUCCUGGCCUACAUCAACUACCAAGAGUGUUUCCCUUUCUGCCAACAGCUGGAUGAGGAGCUCAAGCAGAAUCUGAGGGUUACCAUGCAGCAGAAAUACAAGCAGCCAGGAGAGGAAAGCAUCACUGAGGCAGUGGACAAACUCCAACAGGAGUUUAAGUGUUGUGGCAGUCACAACUUCUCAGACUGGAGGGACAGUGCGUGGAUCCAGGCAGGAAAGAGUGGACAGCUUGUUCCUGAUAGCUGCUGUAAAACUCCCAGUGAACUCUGCGGCCGCAGGGACCAUCCUUCCAACAUCUACAGGGUGGAGGGGGGCUGUAUCACGAAAUUAGAGGACUUCAUCCAGAGUCAAUUGUAUGUCCUCGGUGCAGUGGGUAUAGGGAUUGCAUUUCUACAGCUGGUGGGGAUGAUGUUCACGUGCUGCCUCUAUCGGAAUCUGAAAGAAGAUCCAUACUGACUUGACAUUAUGAACUGUAUAAUGUUUGAGGCAUUAUUGUAAAACCCCAAAUAUUUUCACAAUUCUGUAGUGCUGUGAAGUUAUCACUACAAAUUGUGACACAAAAUACACACACUAGAGACACUGUAAGGCUGCUGGACAGCGCUGCGCUUUGUUUCAAGCAAAAUUUCUUUGCACGCUGUGUGCAUCCUACAUAUUGUGUUAUCACAGGGUGCAUGAAUGAACUUAUAACCAAAAAGCCAUAUGUAAAAGCAGAGAAUUAUGAGCAUGCUGUGGCUGAUUUUGCUAUCAGUGCUUGUCUUGUUCACUUUAUGAAAGAUAUAACUAAAUAUAUAGAUAAAACAUAUUAUUUCUUUGUCCUGAUCCAAAUAAACGGUGCCUAUCUUUUUCUAUUCCCA